AUGCCAAUUGCAGCUCCGAAUAAUCUGUCCACGGAUGGCACGUCGGCUCGCCCAGGCCAGGAAGCCGAGCCUGUUGAUGUAGUAGCUGGUUUGAACGGCGACGCAUCCAUGAUACUACCUACGGGCACGUCGACGUCUGUAGAGCCCUUGAACGAUGGUCAGGCUCAAUACACCUUUCUCCCCUGCCGGGCCGCUGCGACGCACGCUAACUAUCCGCCCAUAGACAUUUCGUAUACCUCGGGAAGCUAUGUCUACUAUGAUGGCCGCAUCAAAAAUGGCGUCCCUGCCAAACUCCAGAAUCUUGAUCAUAGUAAAAACGGCAACUUUGCUGUCAUGCACAUGGGAGUAGUGAAUCUAGGUUCGUCCGAACGGCUUGCCGCGGCGAGACGAACGAGUGAAGGCACUGCAGCUGCUUCCAGGCUGUUCAACCAAGCCGGUUACAAGUCUCUGCGGCAGCUAAAGCAGGACGGGCCCGGUACAGAAUCGCAACAAGAAGAGCUGGUAUCGAAUAGUGCACGCAAGGACAGGGCCAGAAGCAAGCCGCAACCAGGCCAUGGAUUUGCCCAGAGAGCGACUUCGCUAUCGUCCCACGAGACAAAGACAGAACAAGCCCGGCUUUUGACUUUGCUGAGGUCGCUGAACCCUGUCAUGGUUGUCGACCAACUUUGCAAGGGACUCGCAUAUUUCGGCGGCAUACCUGGCGCUCCUCCUCCGGCAGAUGAUGGUGCUUUCCCACAAAGUAACGCCGCGAAUGGUCCCGGCUCUUACUUUGUUGGCUGGCUUGCCGAGAUCUUUCCAAAUGUGGAUGCCUCAACAGCGCCUCGCUUCGGUGGUUCCGCCCAAUUUCCGCCAGGGGAUCUUUCAACGACGACUGCCUCUUCUUGGAUGUCCGCAUCAUCACCGACUUCGAAGCCCGCCGCUACAGUGCCUGCGGCUGCUACGGUACAAACAAACUCCCCAUCGCCAGAAGAAGCCGCGAUAGUUGGGACUGGAAAGAGGAAAAGGGGCAGACCCAAGGGGAGCAAGAGCACCAAGGUUCGCGCAGAUAAGGGCAAGAGGCACAUGUCAAAAGCACUCAAAUAUAGCGUGCCACUUGUCAUACCGAUCGGUAAUGAAAAUGAUGGUGUAGCCGAACGGGGGAAUAUGGAGGUGGAUGUUCCGGUAACAAGCGACAACACUGCGAGGCCUGGAAUUGCUGAUGAUCCUGACAUACAAUCGAAUGCUCCCAAGGCCACUCUAUUGGUCAGAAAGAGGGGUCGACCAAAGGGCUCCAAAAAUCGACCAAAGACGAACAACAGCGACGAGAAUCAGUCGGCGCCGCAUACCAAUCAGCCACAGCCUGCACAACCUCAAACGGCGUCUACAUCUGGCACCGAAAGUGCUGAGAAUGCCAUUUCAAAAAAUGACUAUCCCGCAGAGACACAGUUCGCAGGAGACAACCUAGCCCAACAUGCUGCGGAGCCGGGCCACAAUCAGCCGAACAUAGCUGUCCAACAACCCAUGCCUGCCAGCAACAGCAACAGCUUGCCAAGGAAGAGAAACACCGCACAUCAAAGCCAGAGAGACGUUGUAGGAAACAAUAAUGACGAUUCUUCGUCCCGUGCGCCACAAGGGACGAAGCGUCAACGUGUAUCAAAUGGAAGCGGCCUAAGUGCCGGUUCUGGAUCACAGCCGGAAUUCCUGCCUGGCAGUUUUAACUCUCAGACCCAGGCCAAUGGCUCUGGAAUCGAAAGAAUGGGAAUUGGGGCACACCCCACUCAGACAUCACAACUUGGACAUUUCUACAUGGCCAACUAUCCACAACAGCAACAGCUCGAGUUGCCAAACCUGAGCCAAGCCAUUACAAGACAACAAACAAACAGCCCAUUCGCGUCGCAGCAUGUAAACGCAGCAGCACAGAGUUACUAUAGUCAGCAAAGUAUGCAGCAAGCCUCUCAUCUUAUGACGUCAAUUCGUUCCUCCGGUGGUAGCUUUAGCCAUACCAUGGCUGACAACACUGAUGUGCGUUUAUCUCAAGAUCAUGCUAAACAACAAUCAGCCGGACCACAAACUGGAGGGAGAAAGCAAGGCUAUCUCAGCAAUCACGGCAGACCACCUGGGCCUCAUUCAUCCGCUAAUACCGCCUUGGGAACCUACUCGACCUUUCACACCCAAGGCUUCAUGUAG